AUGGUAGAGGCUGGGGUUGGUACUUCAUCCUCUACCUUACUGUCCCCUUCUAGUCACAAAAGAAAACUGGUAGUAAGACACAGCACUGUGAAAUUUCAGGAAAAGAAGGGUGCUUUAUCCUCUGAAUUCCACUCCACAAGUUCAACCAGUGAAAGUCCACAAAAAAAAGAACAAUGGGAAAAAAGUGAACAGAAGACAAAGAUUAUAAAGACAAGGAAAUUGGAAGGAAAAAUGGCCUCAGCAGUGGCCCCAUCGUUUCGUUCAACAAAAGAGACAACCAAUUACGCCCGCUUAUGCAGGCUUCAGGUGGAUGUUGGUGCACAUAUCUUAAGAGAGACUUUUGACAAGAGCCGUCCAACAGGAGACCUGCACACAGUUUUGUCAAGUCCUCCAGUUCAUGCAGGCUGGAGAUUAAGAAUGGCCUAA